GAGUAGUAACGGCAGAAAUACAGCAGCUUGGAAUGUGUCUGUCAUAAAGUCACUGUUUUGCAGUUAGAUUAACGAAUUGUCAAUAAAACAGUGCCUUUAAUUCCAUGACAUAUUUUCUUUUAGCACUCAACUUUACGGCAAUCAUCUCCACCACACAGUUGACGAGAGUAACACAGUGGGUAGUGUAGCGAUAAGCUAACAGCUAGCUUACGUUACUUAACCUACCAUUUAGCUAACUUCAAAACAUUUUCAGAGCAACGCGCUGACGACUCGAAACAACCAAACAAAACAAGGGAGCAAUAUCAAGGCAUAAGUCUUCGUGCUUGUGUCAGGGUUAUAAGCCGCUGCUGGUUUGGCGGUUGGAUUCACAGAGUGGAUUAUUCUCCAGGCAACUAUUUGGUCGAGUCUGUGGGGAUGGGGACUGGAGUCCAGGAGCAGCGGGCAUCACUGACGCAGGGAGAAGGCCUGCCGCUAGCCUCUUCUGGUCAGUCAGAAGGGAGCUAUGAGAGCAUCAAGCAAACUCGGUCUGUCGUCAACUCGCUUUUCUCCGGGGCGAUAGCUGGAGCUGUGGCCAAGACAGCUGUAGCCCCGCUGGAUAGAACUAAAAUCAUCUUCCAGGGCAAAUUGAUCUACCGCACCUACCUGAAAGAUGGCUUUUUCAGUCUGUGGAGAGGGAACUCAGCCACCAUGGUGCGCGUCAUCCCGUAUGCAGCCAUCCAGUUCUGUGCACAUGAGCAGUACAAGAGGCUGCUGGGGGGCUACUAUGGCUUUCAAGGGAAAGCCCUUCCUCCAAUCCAAAGGUUGCUGGCUGGGGCGAUGGCCGGUACCACGGCAGCCAUGCUGACCUAUCCUCUGGACAUGGUGCGAGCUAGGAUGGCUGUAACGCCAAAGGAAAUGUACAGUAACAUAAUGCACGUUUUCGUGCGGAUCUCGCGAGAAGAGGGCCUGAAAACCUUGUAUCGAGGAUUCACGCCGACCAUACUGGGUGUUGUCCCCUACGCUGGUCUCAGCUUCUUCACCUAUGAAACUCUGAAGAAGAUGCAUGCAGAGAAAAGUGGCCGCCCGCAGCCGUACACCUAUGAACGUAUGGCUUUCGGAGCCUGUGCUGGUCUCAUCGGCCAGUCGGCCUCCUACCCUCUGGACGUGGUAAGACGGCGCAUGCAGACGGCCGGCGUCACAGGUCACACCUACGGCACCAUCCUGGGUACUAUGAGGGAGAUCGUCUCUGAGGAGGGGUUCAUCCGCGGACUGUACAAAGGUCUCAGCAUGAACUGGGUCAAGGGACCCAUCGCUGUGGGUAUGAGCUUCACGACCUUUGACCUCACGCAGAUUCUCUUGCGCAAACUGCAUCAAAUGGGCUAUACUCGAUAAAAGCGAGCAGGUCCCUUAAGGCCUUCUGAGUUUGAACAAGGAUGAGGAAUUGAGUGGAUGAAGAAUGUUCGCCGCUGGAUGGAAGCAACAGCACAGCAACUCAGGAUGUGAGGGUGAUAUCAAGUUGUUCUCUUGAUGCGCAGGUGUGCAUCAGGGGGUAAGGAGGAUGUAUAGAGGACCUGGAGUCGAGUGCAAUAUGAUGAAACAUCCUAUGUGUGUGCACCUAAAUUGUAACUCUAACCCCAGAGAACCAGAUGUGAGAACAUUUAUACGAGAAUCAAGAGGCAUGCACGCUCUGAUGUAUGCUGCAACAAAAGUGAUGCCAAAGGUUUCGAUUCCAACUUGAUGCACAUGAUAUGAUGCGAGUAAUUCUUAAGGAUGGCGUGACAUUUGUCGGCCCAGAGCUAUAACGCAGUAACAUCAACUAAUCAGUUGGUUUUCUUUCAGUUGACAGUAGUAGUUUCUUACUUGAUUUAAGACUAAAUGCACAACUGUAGUUGUGGUUUAACUAUAGAUAAACUCAACUUUAUGCCAGUGCCAACACAUUUGAAGUAGUACCAGUGCGUGUUUAGUUUUUACGAUUGUGUUCCCUGUAAACAUGCCAUUGGCUUUUCGCGCGAUUGUAAAUUCUGAGCUGAAGCACCGGUACAGAUUUCACCGCUGACACUGCCGUGCUGAGCGAUGCACAACAACAAACGGCGUGUUGGUAGUUCUCCAAAUGUGAGCUCUUGUUCUCUAACAAGUAGUAGAAACUGCACUAUGGGAUGUAAUCCAACAGCAGCCCCUCUGUGAACACUGCCUUUGUGAUGUCUACACUGUCACAUCGCUGCUGUCACCGUGUGAGAGGCACUGCCUUAGAUAUAUGGCCAUUUUCUUUUAUUUUGUGAGGUGUUUUGGGUUUAGAAUAAAUCGAGGCAUUUUAAAUGUUUUAAUCGUUUGACAGAGUGCAUACAGUAUAUACAGAUAUUGUCUUCCAUUCGCCAUCAGUGUGACGGCUGCAUGGCAUGUCUCAAUACCUGUUUGGUUUUCGAAUAGAAAAAGAUGUGGUUCACAUAGAGCUGUAGCAGUAAGUGGUAACGGAAUAACUAAACUGGAAAUAUGCAAGCAUCGUCGGAGUGUUCUAGUCCAGCACGUUUGAGUGUUCUUGCUGUUGUAGUUUACUUCUGCACAUAAUGAGAUGCUUUUGUCUUUGUCAGAUAUCAUCGUUUUAUGUAGAGUGGUGGCAAAAAAAAGGGACUGACCUUAGUUUGGCUGUAGGUACAUUGGAGCCGUAUCGACGUAGCCACUACAGAGGGUCACUGGCUUCUAUAGGCUUCUAUAGUUAGAGCACACAUACCGAGGCAGAAUGAGAGCGCUGAGUGAGUGAAUGCAGAGCCAAAUGAAGCAGCAGUGAAUCAUAUGAGUCAAGAAUACUCAUAUGAUUAUUAUAAUGAAUACUCCCUUUUUUUAAAAACACCAGACAAAAUCCCAUAAAGUCGUAGUAGAGCACAGGAUGAUGUUUAUGUUUUGAAAUGUAUCGCCUGGCCAAAACAAAAGUAAUCUGAGGGAGGGCUCAGUAGGUGAGGCCUGGGUUCAAAUAUUUAGUGCGCCCAAAUUAAAGUCAGCUGACUAAAGAUCCCGAAUAGUCCUGAUGACGUUUUUCCUAAUUUGAGAUUCUUUCCAACUUUAUGAAGGGAGUCGUUCUGUCCAGCUACAGAAGAUGUUCUAAUGUUACAAAGCUGAAGGGAGACAAACUAAAUGUCAGACCUUUUCUGGUCAGUCGGCGUAUUAUUGGGAAAAGGAUCCAUUUCAGUAUUCACUAUUUUUGAAUGAUGCAGUGUUUUGGAAGUAUUUGAGCACAAGGACAACUGAUUAAUGCAAUCUGAGUCGAUUUUAGAUGUGAUAUUUCUUUUCACUACAAUCACUGGGAAAUGUACUCAUCUGAAGAUCUCAAUUUAAGGACCUUCAAUUUGUACUCGUACUCUAAUUUCUACAGCUUCCUCUGUGAAGUUCUUAAAAGUCAGCUCCUCGGCCAUCUUGUGUUGGAGCGAUCAUUAAGGAAGAUGGCAAAUUGGAUUCUCCCAAAUUCCCAUUUUUUUCUUCUUCGAUUUUUCUUUUUUUUUCUCGUUUAAAUGCAAAAGAGAUGCAGGACCCAGCUUUAGUCACUGAUUUACAUGAACUCACUGCCUUGCCCUAACUCGCCUCUGUCCGACUGACGAUCCUCUUCCUCUCCCACUGCCUGUGGACAUCUCGAUUACUCUCGCACAUCGUCCAGUGAGCCGAGCAGAGGAUUGCUGGCAGAGCAGUCUUAUCAGGUGCAACUGCGAGGUGGGAUUUUGUAUUUUUCUCGGCCCCUCAUUUCCUGCCAGCCAGCACAUUUGUCCAAUCAGCUGCAGGUAACAGCAGCGCAGUGUUGUGAUAUCAGUCAGGAAUCUUUAACCCUCUGCUCGCGUUUUUGGAGGGAACCUGUGGUCGGCCACAGCUCUGACGUUCUGAGCAGAGGGUUUUUGACGUUCGCUGCUUAUUUCAAGGUAACUGAAAGCUGAAUAAAGGGUAGUAACUUCUUCUCAAGUGCCUAGAAAGGAAUAGUAAUGAUCUUACUAUGACUAAACUAACUUUGAUAGCUUUUUGGAAGGUCGCAUCAUUUUUCUAGCCUUCUCUCAGUUUCGACGUUCCAUUUACGAGGCAGCAGAUGUUUGACAGAGGUUUUAGGUGAUUAAGGUGUUAGUUUGACCCCAAUGACUGAAUGUAUUAACUUCAGGUCCAGCUUUUAUACAUGAUGUUUGUAAAAGUUUAACUGCCUUGGAGAACAUUUCUGUCUGGGGUGAUGCAUGUUUUUUUUUUUGUGUCUUUGUGUCUGGGCGUGGUUGAGGAUAGUUCCCAGUUUAUUCCAACAAGUUUUGGACACCUUUUUUAAGAGCAAAGACAUAUCUAAAACAGAUGCCUGCACAGUUAGGUCAAUGAAAUGCCGAAAACGGAGACAGGCUAUCAGUCAGACAAUCUUUAAAUGCCAAAAAGCUGUAAAUUAACACAGCAGUUUAACAAGAAGAAUAACUAAAACACUUCAAGAACGAACUACGGUACAAGCUGUGAUUUAAUUUGCCCUGGUAAAAUCUGUUCUUUUGUUUGUUUGUGAUUACUCCAGCGCAGACGUACACUGUUUGUAUGUUUGUGUGUUACAGCAGAUAACGCUCAGAAAUUAUUAAAAACGUGUUUUAUUAAUCCUAGUAAUAUGUGCCAAUGAAUGUAAUAUAUUUACUAAGUUACCACACCCUGUGUCUGUUCUCUUGUGAUCGCGGCGUGUCUGUGGGAAUAUUGUAAAUAUUCUAAAAUAUCAGAUUCUUUAAUAAAAACUGGAUGUAG